GGUCAGUCCGGGAGGCACUGGGAGGGCUACCUUAGGGUUGUGGGCUAGGAAGGCCGCCGCAAGGUGCCUCCUCACAUACCCCUCGCGGGCCCAGCAGGCCAACAGCGUGGGGCGGCGGCGACGUCGACGGCCGGGGCUGGGAGCGCUGGCGGCCGGGGUCCCAGCCAUGGCCGAGUCUGUGGAGCGGCUGCAGCAGCGGGUCGAGGAGUUGGAGCGGGAACUGGCCCAGGAGAGAAGUCGCCGGGCCCUGGGGGGCGGCGAUGGAGGAGGCGGUCGGGCCCGCAUCGAAAAGAUGAGCCCCGAGGUGGUGGAUUCCAACCCCUACAGCCGCCUGAUGGCAUUGAAACGAAUGGGAAUUGUAAGUGACUAUGAGAAAAUCCGUACCUUUGCUGUAGCAAUAGUAGGUGUUGGUGGAGUUGGCAGUGUGACUGCUGAAAUGCUGACAAGGUGUGGCAUUGGUAAGUUGCUACUCUUUGACUGGAAGGUGGAACUGGCCAAUAUGAAUAGACUUUUCUUCCAACCUCAUCAAGCAGGAUUAAGUAAAGUUCAAGCAGCAGAACAUACUUUGAGGAACAUUAAUCCUGAUGUUCUUUUUGAAGUACACAACUACAAUAUAACCACAGUAGAAAACUUUGAACAUUUCAUGAAUAGAAUAAGUAAUGGUGGAUUAGAAGAAGGAAAACCUGUUGACCUAGUUCUUAGCUGUGUGGACAAUUUUGAAGCUCGAAUGACAAUAAAUACAGCGUGUAAUGAGCUUGGACAAACAUGGAUGGAGUCUGGGGUCAGUGAAAAUGCAGUUUCAGGGCAUAUACAGCUCAUAAUUCCUGGAGAAUCUGCUUGUUUUGCGUGUGCUCCACCGCUUGUAGUUGCUGCAAAUAUUGAUGAGAAGACACUGAAACGAGAAGGUGUUUGUGCAGCCAGUCUUCCUACCACUAUGGGAGUGGUUGCUGGUAUCUUGGUACAAAAUGUGUUAAAGUUUCUGUUAAAUUUUGGUACUGUUAGUUUUUACCUUGGAUACAAUGCAAUGCAGGAUUUUUUCCCUACUAUGUCCAUGAAGCCAAAUCCUCAGUGUGAUGACAGAAAUUGUAGGAAGCAACAGGAAGAAUAUAAGAAAAAGGUAGCAACACUGCCCACACAGGAGGUUAUUCAAGAAGAGGAAGAAAUAAUACAUGACGACAAUGAGUGGGGUAUUGAGUUGGUAUCUGAGGUUUCAGAAGAGGAACUGAAAAAUUCUUCAGGUACAAUUCCUGACUUACCUGAAGGAAUUACAGUGGCAUAUACAGUCCCCCAAAAGCAAGAAGAUUCUGUACCUGAAGUAACAGUGGAAGAUUCUGGUGAAAGCUUGGAAGACCUCAUGGCCAAGAUGAAGAACAUGUAAAUAAUGGACUGGCCUGUAUUUUAUUUCCUGUGUCUAAACUUGUUCCCUAGCAAUUAAAAAGAAAAUCAUUUAAAACUGA